UACUGCGUCCGGGAGGGGGCGGGCGUGAGGCGCGCUGUCCGCCUGAGGGGCUGCAGACCCCGGCUCCCGGGAGCGCCGCUGCUGGCUCGGCUGUUCCAUGUGGCUCCGGCGGGGAUGGAGGACUCGGUGGCGGCGGCGGCGGCUUCUGCUGCGGCGGCGACGGAGGAGCGGCGCUGAGGAGGGAACCGGGCCAGACUCAGCCCGACAGCGGGAUUAGAGUCCUCCAGAAUACAUAUCAUAUAGACCCGAGGUGGAAUGGUGAUGUCUCCAUGAGGGAGCCUCCUCUCACUCAUCCUGUCAUGUGUGUGAUACUCUUCUUGACUGGGCCAUUCAUCUAGGAUGGGAUUUACCCUGUGAAACAGGGAGAAGACUUUAUGGACCCCAAACAUCAUUUCAAGUUGUAGUUGAGUUUUUUAAAGUACAGACAUACAUGCAAAGCUCCUUUGCUUUGGACCUUCUGCUUUGUUAAAGCUGCUAGUGUUGCUCACCCAGAACUGCUCCACUGUUUUGACUGAUCAUCAUGGCUUCAGUUUGGAAGAGACUACAGCGUGUGGGAAAACACGCAUCCAAGUUCCAGUUUGUGGCCUCCUACCAGGAACUGAUGGUUGAAUGUACCAAGAAAUGGCAACCAGAUAAACUGGUGGUAGUUUGGACAAGAAGAAGCCGAAGGAAGUCUUCCAAGGCUCAUAGCUGGCAGCCUGGAAUAAAAAAUCCAUACCGUGGUGUUGUCGUAUGGCCUGUUCCUGAAAACAUUGAAAUCACUGUGACACUUUUUAAGGAUCCUCAUGCAGAGGAAUUUGAAGAUAAAGAGUGGACAUUUGUCAUAGAAAAUGAGUCCCCUUCUGGUCGAAGAAAAGCUCUUGCCACCACCAGCAUCAACAUGAAACAGUAUGCAAGCCCAAUGCCAACACAGACUGAUGUCAAAUUAAAAUUCAAGCCAUUGUCUAAAAAAGUUGUAUCUGCCACUCUUCAGUUUUCAUUAUCUUGCAUUUUCCUUCGGGAAGGAAAAGCCACGGAUGAAGACAUGCAAAGUUUGGCUAGUUUGAUGAGUAUGAAGCAAGCUGACAUUGGCAAUCUAGAUGACUUUGAGGAAGAUAAUGAAGAUGAUGAUGAGAACCGAGUGAAUCAAGAGGAAAAGGCAGCGAAAAUUACUGAGCUUAUCAACAAACUUAACUUUUUGGAUGAAGCAGAAAAGGACUUGGCCACUGUGAAUUUAAAUCCGUUUGGUGAUCCUGAUGUAGCAGAAUUAAACCCGUUUGGAGAUCCUGAUUCAGAAGAACAAAUCACUGAAACAAUUUCACCUAAAAAACCAGAAGAAUCCUUUUAUAGUAACAGCUAUAAUCCCUUUAAAGAGGUACAGACUCCACAGUAUUUGAACCCAUUUGAUGAGCCAGAAACCUUUGUAACUGUAAAGGAUUCUCCACCCCAGUCUACAAAAAGAAAAAAUAUAAGACCAGUGGACAUGAGCAAGUAUCUCUAUGCUGAUAGCUCUAAAGCUGAAGAAGAAGAAUUGGAUGAAUCAAAUCCUUUUUAUGAACCUAAACCAACUCCUCCUCCAAACAAUUUGCUAAGUCCAGUUCAAGAACUGGAAACUGAAAGGCGAGUAAAAAGAAAAGCCCCAGCCCCACCAGCCAUCUCACCAAAGACGGGAGGAGUAAAUGAAAACACAGGUGUUUCUGCAGGAAGAGAUUUCUCCACUUCUCCUAAGCCGAGUCCUAUACCGAGUCCUGUUUUGGGACGAAAGCCGAAUGCCAGUCAGUCGUUACUUGUAUGGUGCAAAGAAGUUACAAAAAACUAUCGGGGAGUGAAAAUCACCAAUUUUACUACAUCGUGGAGGAAUGGUUUAUCUUUUUGUGCAAUAUUACAUCACUUUAGACCAGAUUUAAUUGACUACAAGUCUCUGAAUCCUCAAGACAUUAAAGAGAACAACAAAAAGGCAUAUGAUGGGUUUGCCAGCAUUGGAAUUUCGCGACUACUGGAACCUUCUGAUAUGGUUUUAUUAGCAAUUCCUGACAAACUGACUGUUAUGACCUAUCUCUAUCAAAUAAGGGCACAUUUCAGUGGCCAAGAGCUAAAUGUUGUUCAAAUAGAAGAAAACAGCAGUAAAAGCACGUAUAAGGUUGGAAACUAUGAAACGGACACAAAUAGUUCUGUUGACCAGGAAAAAUUCUAUGCAGAGCUUAGUGACCUGAAACGGGAGCCUCCACUGCAGCAGCCUCCCAGUGGAGUGGUUGACUUCACAUCCCAGGAUGAGUCUGUAUUUGUAAAUGAUAGUGGAGUUGGAGAGUCAGAAAGUGAACAUCAGACUCCUGAUGAUCACCUUAGUCCAAACACAGCUUCUCCACACUGUCGCAGGACUAAAAGUGACACAGAACCCCAGAAGUCCCAGCAGAGCUCGGGAAGGACUUCAGGAUCCGAUGACCCUGGAAUAUGUUACAAUACAGAUUCAAACCACGCACAAGUUUCGUUGGGCAAGAAGAGACUAUUGAAAACAGAGACUUUAGAAUUAAGUGACUUAUACGUCAGUGAUAAGAAGAAAGAUGUGUCUCCACCCUUUAUUUGCGAGGAGUCAGAUGAACAAAAGCUUCAGAAUCUAGACAUCAGUGGUACUUUGGAGCAAGAAAAAUUAGAUAAUUCCAGACCCUUAGAAUGCAGAUCAGAUCCUGAAUCACCUGUCAAAAAACCAAGUUUAUCUCCCACUUCUAAACUUGGAUACCUGUACAAUAGAGAUGCAGACCUUGCAAAGAAAAAACGUACUUCCCUGAGGCAGACAGAGUCUGAUUCAGAUGCUGAUAGACCCACCUUAAAUCAUGCAGAUCAUUCUGCAAAAACAGUCCAGCAUCGAAUGUUAUCCAGGCAAGAAGAACUCAAAGAAAGAGCAAGAGUUCUGCUUGAGCAAGCAAGAAGAGAUGCAGCUUUAAAGGCAGGGAACAAGCAGCAUACCAACGCAGCCACACCACUCUGCAACAGGCAGCUAAGUGAUCAGCAAGAUGAAGAGCGACGUCGGCAGCUGAGAGAGAGAGCUCGUCAGCUAAUAGCAGAAGCUCGAUCUGGAGUGAAGAUGUCAGAACUUCCCAGCUAUGGUGAAAUGGCUGCAGAAAAGUUGAAAGAAAGGUCAAAGGCAUCUGGAGAUGAAAAUGAUAAUCUUGAGAUAAAUACUAACGAGGAGAUUCCUGAAGGCUUUGUUUUAGGAGGUGGAGAUGAACUUACUAACUUAGAAAGUGACCUUGAUACUCCCGAACAAGACACUAAGUUGGCAGACUUGAAGCUGAAGAAACUCCUGGACACUCAGCCACAGGUGGCAAAUUCACUUUCCAGCACUACUCAGAAAGCUGUUAAUGAAAGUUCAGAGCAAGACAUUAAGAAUGGCACAGAGGAUCUCAGGACUGAGCGAUUACAAAAAGCAACAGAACGGUUUAGAAAUCCUGUUGUGUUCAGCAAGGAUGCUACAGUCAGAAAGACUCAACUUCAGUCUUUCAGUCAAUAUGUUGAGAAUAGACCAGAGAUGAAAAGGCAGAGAUCAAUACAGGAAGAUACAAAGAAAGGAAAUGAGGAGAAGGCAGCGAUAACUGAAACUCAGAGGAAGCCAUCAGAAGAUGAAGUGCUUAAUAAAGGGUUCAAAGACACCAGUCAGUAUGUUGUAGGAGAAUUGGCAGCACUAGAGAAUGAGCAAAAGCAAAUUGACACCCGUGCCGCGCUGGUGGAGAAGCGCCUUCGCUAUCUCAUGGACACAGGAAGGAACACAGAAGAAGAGGAAGCUAUGAUGCAGGAGUGGUUUAUGUUAGUUAAUAAGAAAAAUGCUUUAAUAAGAAGAAUGAACCAGCUCUCUCUCCUGGAAAAAGAACACGAUUUAGAACGAAGGUAUGAGCUGCUGAAUCGGGAAUUGCGGGCAAUGCUAGCCAUUGAAGACUGGCAGAAGACCGAGGCCCAGAAGCGACGCGAGCAACUCCUGCUGGAUGAACUGGUGGCCCUAGUGGACAAGCGCGACGCGCUCGUCAGGGACUUGGACGCGCAGGAGAAGCAGGCUGAAGAAGAAGAUGAACAUUUGGAGCGAACUCUGGAGCAAAACAAAGGCAAGAUGGCCAAGAAAGAAGAGAAAUGUGUCCUUCAGUAGAAACCGGACCAGACCAACAUUUUAUUAGCCUUGGGUUCCCCAGACCAUAAAAAAAAAAGUCAUUCUCGUUGAUUUAAAACUUUUAACAUUUUGUUUGACUGGAUUGUACUUCUUUACCACCACCACCCCUUUU